GCGGCACUCCCCCUAUCGCACACUGGAGCCAGUGCGUCCUCCAGUGGUACCAAAUGAUUACGUACCUAGCCCAACCCGUAAUAUGGCUCCCUCGCAGCAGAGCCCUGUGAGGACAGCUUCUGUGAAUCAAAGAAAUCGAACUUACAGCAGCAGUGGGAGCAGCGGCGGAAGCCACCCGAGCAGCCGGAGCAGCAGUCGGGAGAACAGUGGAAGCGGGAGCGUGGGCGUUCCCAUUGCUGUUCCUACUCCGUCUCCUCCCAGUGUCUUUCCAGCCCCUGCUGGCUCUGCUGGUACUCCUCCCCUUCCUGCUACUUCUGCAUCUGCCCCUGCCCCUCUUGUUCCUGCUACUGUCCCUUCCUCCACUGCCCCAGACGCUGCUGCUGGGGGGGCCCAGGCCCUUGCUGAUGGCUUCACUUCUCCAACUCCCCCUGUUGUUUCUUCCACUCCCCCCACAGGUCAUCCUGUUCAGUUCUACAGCAUGAACAGACCUGCUACUCGCCAUACUCCUCCAACAAUAGGGGGCUCGUUGCCCUAUAGACGCCCUCCUUCCAUAACGUCACAGACAAGCCUUCAGAAUCAGAUGAACGGAGGACCUUUUUAUAGCCAGAAUCCAGUAUCUCUUGCUCCUCCUCCUCCCUCCAUUCUACAGGUAACUCCUCAGUUACCUUUAAUGGGAUUUGUGGCCAGAGUCCAAGAAAAUAUUUCAGAUACACCACCUCCACCACCACCUGUGGAAGAACCAGUCUUUGAUGAGUCCCCCCCUCCUCCUCCUCCCCCAGAAGAUUAUGAAGAGGAGGAAGCAGCUGUGGUUGAAUAUAGUGAUCCUUAUGCUGAAGAGGACCCACCGUGGGCUCCAAGAUCUUACUUGGAAAAAGACACUGGACAACAGGCAGUGGUAGACUGUGACCCCGUGAUGGAGAAGGAAGUCAAACAAGGUAAACCUUUGAUUGUCCUAGCUUGCUAACUAGGGGAAAUUUCU